CCGGCUCGAUCUGACUGGCUGGUCUAAGCCACCGGUGGGCUUCAUGGUUGACUCUUGGGGGAUUAUCCUUGCCUCCGCCCUGAUUGUCUUGCUCCAGGCUCUCCUGACCCAGGAGGGGUACCAGAAGCAAUAUUCCCAAAGCCUGAGGGAUAAGGACAGCUACCGGAAGCAGAUCCGGGACCUCGGGGAGCGUUGUGACGAACUGCAGCUUCAGCUCUUCCAGAAGGAGGGACAGCUGCUGAGUGCCGAAGCGAAGCUGAAAAGGCUGUGCGUCGAUCCUUCCGCCCUGACUUCCGAUCUUGAGGAAAACUCAUCCCGGAGCUCUCAAGAGCUGGCUCCCCAUGGAAACCCAGAUGAAGACGGGAAAGGUGCCAAAGCAAGUAUGUUCAUCUGCCGCAAGGGAUCUUUUCUUUCUUGUUUAGAGGGGCAGGAGUGAUGUUUUGAGUUAGGC